AUGGCUGCAGAAAAAGAGCUAGUGAGAAGCAGUGAUCAUAAAUUUGAUGAAAUGAAUGAUAGAGAUAUCCUUACAUUCAAGAGGGAUAAGUUAAAAUAUUUCCGAGGAGAGGAAGACAGAGAAGCAGAGCGUCUCAAAAAUGAGGAUUGA